AUGUACAAGAGACCAGCAUACGAAGAAUUAGGUGUGCGUCCAGUUCACCGGCAAGAUGGCUCCAUUGACCUUCGCGCCCGCAUCAAAGCUUAUGCUGGGGAUGAAGAAGGCAAUGAACCCGAAUGCCUGAGCCCUACGGAGGCAUUCUUUGCAAGACCUACUCACCACGCGAAGCCAGUGCAGCAGCAGACCCGCCAGGCACCUGUAGCACGCGCCCAGCAGAAGCACCGACUACCUCAACGAGAGCCCGAGAGGCCACAAAAGCGGUUGUGGCUGCAGAUGAAGCAGCCUUCGCUGGACAACUUGCGGCACGUGGAGUCGCCUCUUGACCAAGAGCUGAUUGAUCAUGUUGUUGCAAAUAGAGACACCCUCUACAACGACGCCCUGGCAAGCCUGACAGAUCUGCACGCCGAACUGCAGCAGGAUCUCAUGAGAACCAUCUCUGAAGACGAGCGUGUUCUAGCCCUUCUUGACAACAACCACAAGAAGAUCACCAAGCAAUUGUCUGAUACGCGCAUCAAUGACCCGGAAGCGGGCCAUGUAGUUAGGGUUGGCGACCGUAUUGCCUCCUUUGUAAAGUAUAUCGACACUGUGGAGGUGGAAUUGACAUCGCUCUGGGCCCAACGUGAGGUGGCGCAGAAGGAAGUUGAUGACAUCUUCGCCGAGCUGGCCAAUACCCAAGAUGCCGCCGAGUGCGAGCAGGCCAGCGCGGUCAUGGCGGUGAAGAAAUCUUUUGCCAACGAGAUUGAUAAAGUAUCAAAUGAGCUAAGUAGCAUCCUGGACAAUGCUCAUGAAGAGGCACGUGUGUCUGAAAAGAAUUUUAGCAAGAAGAUCAAAGGGGUCAUGUCCGGCUUGCUUCAGCAGUACUUGUUGGAGGACUGA